AGUCUGGACAGAUCGACAGAGAACGGACGAAUGACACAGGAAAAACUGUAGAAACACCGUUUGGCAUCUAAUUAUACUUUUCAUUACAACAUUAUGAAACAAGUUAAAAUGGUUGGAGAUCAAAGACGCUAGCUAUAUUUUGAACGUAGUUUUUCACGUAAAACGUAAGUGCAAUGUGUUGCCUACGCUGCAACGUAAGUGCGCGAAGCAGCAAGCGCAGUGGAAUCUCCUGGAAACAAAGCGGGGAACAAGAGAGAGAAAGGAAGUUCCUACACAAAUCUGGAUUCAUUUAUAACACUGUAGUUGUUUUGAAGAGAUUUUGCUAGUCAUAAGAGGGUUUUAAAACUAAUCAUAAACGUUGGUAGAGUUUGAGACUCGUGGAGCAGCUAGCGAGCGCUCACACAAACAAACAAAUGUCAAAACAACCCGCUGGACCUGCCGACUCUAGACAGAUCGACAGCGAACGGACGAAUGACACAGGAAAAACAAUCACCGUUUGUCAUCUAAUUAUACUUUUUAUAACAUUAUGAAACAAGUUAAAAUGGUUGGAUGAUAUCAAAGACGCUAGCUAUAUUUUGAACGUGGGGACAGAAUAUAAUUUGUAAACGGCACCACGAAUAUAAUUUGUAAACGGCACCACCUAACCUUCCCCAGGAUAAAACAAUAACAGAUGCGCAGAUCGAGGAAUAUGCGGCGAUAAAACAUUUGGCGUGUCAUAAAACGGUAUAGAAAUAUUUUAGUCUCUACCAAAAGUAGCUUCUUCGUUAUCUACAGAACUGUCAACAGAGCCAGCAGCAGUUUUGUGGCUUUGUUUACCUCGCUAGCUAACGUUAGCUAGUUAAUGCUCUACUUGUUUAGAGCAGGCUGCACCGUUAGAUGGAUAGCUAGCUAGCCACCUACCAACAAGACGUGGUGGGUAAUGCUUGCAUCCCAUUUAUAUGACAACCAGAUGUUGCUUGUUGGGACGAGCAAUUUGAAUUGGUUCUGUUUUAUUUGACUGGCUGUUGAGAAAGCUGCCAAAGCGCGAGAGCAAACGGGGUCGUCCGGUUUUGACACUUCAUUACUCUUGGGUCACCAUGGCGCAGCAGCAGAUGCCAAGCUCUCAUAAGGCACUGAUGCUUGAACUGAAGUCUCUCCAAGAGGAACCAGUGGAGGGUUUCCGCAUCACCCCAGUAGAAGAGUCAGACUUGUACAACUGGGAGGUGGCCAUAUUUGGACCCCCCAACACACUUUACGAGGGGGGAUACUUCAAGGCACACAUUAAGUUUCCAGUUGACUACCCUUACUGUCCACCUACUUUCCGUUUCCUCACAAAGAUGUGGCACCCCAACAUAUAUGAGAAUGGGGACGUGUGUAUCUCCAUCCUUCACCCGCCUGUUGACGACCCCCGGAGCGGAGAGCUGCCCUCUGAGAGAUGGAACCCCACCCAGAAUGUCAGGACCAUCCUACUGAGUGUGAUCUCUCUGCUGAAUGAGCCCAACACCUUCUCCCCGGCCAAUGUUGAUGCCUCUGUUAUGUUCCGCAAGUGGAGAGACAGCAAGGGCAAGGACAAAGAUUACGCUGAGAUCAUCAGGAAGCAGAUAGUGUCCACUAAAGUGGAGGCGGAGCGGGACGGCGUGAAGGUGCCUACUACGCUGGCGGAGUACUGCAUCCAGACCAAAGUGCCUUCCCACGACAGCAGCUCGGACCUGCUCUACGAUGACCUCUACGAUGUUGACAUCGAGGAGGAGGAGGACGAUGAUGCAGAGGCAGUGGGCCAGAUGGCAGGAGAGGGUGGCUUCAAUGACGAGGAAGACUCGGGCAACGAAGAGUCAUGACCUUCCUUCUCCUCGCUGUUUAUCUCGCUCCCUCCCAAACCCUUCCUACCGAGGACUCCGCUGCAGCCUCGUCCUGUCCAUACUUUCUGAUUCCUUCCCACGUGCGCACACAUACUCUUUUGCUGGCUCCAUCCCUUCUUGAAGGCGUCCCCUUAGCACUUACUUUACCUUGAGUUUUGUUUUAACCUCUGUCAAGCAUGCCCAUAUGCUUCAUUUUAACAGCUGUAUGGGGGCAGAUUUAUUUAAUUGUUUUAUUAUGGCAUUUUUUGUUUCCUAAUUUAUCUCCCCUCCCAUUGACGUUCAUUAGGCAUAAUUAGUGGGUUAGUUUAUGCAGCUUUACUUGUGGUAAAUUAUAUCACAAAGUGAUAUAAACCAGAACGGUUGUUUCUCUUUCAACUAUUUGAUGAGUCUGUAUUAAACGGUUCAACAGAAUUGCAUGCUUUUUGAUGACACCAAUUUGGCAUGUAUGCUGUCUACCAGUGUUGCCAACCAUCUUUUUUGUGGGAAUUGCUAUUGGCUGCUUGAUUUGUCGCUAGAUUACAUUUUGCAGUUGUCGUGACAACUUCACGGCUCCAAUUUGCGUUGCUGCAGUCCCCAACAUUGCAUUUUCGCCCCUUCUCCUGCCGCAAACCCCUUCCCCUUGUGCUUCUCUGCCUGUGUGUGCGCUGUUGCUGUGACGUCUGUUGCAUAGGCAGCUUUUCCCACUCUUGUUUGCGGCAUAAUUGAGUGGGAAAAGUUGUUAAAUGGUAUAAAAAUUCCCAAAGGCAGCCUGAAAAGUAGUUGAAUUUGUCACUAGGUUCUAUGAAAAGUAAAAGUCGCUGUGAGGGUCUGAACUCACUACAUAUAGCGACUUUCAGUUGGCAACACUGGUCUCUAUCCCUCCCAGGGUUCACAUACACAUGCCUCCUACAAACUAAUUCAAAUUCCUUAUAAAUUGUGUAAAACCAAAUCCUAUUCAGAUGUAAAACCACAAUUUAUAUAAAUUCUAAUUUGUUCUUAAGCUGUGGAACAGAGUGGUAAGAUGCACUCAAUGAACAUACCCAUCUCUUACUCUGUCUCACACAGUCAACAAGAUGAAGACCCUUUUGUAAAAAAUAUAUUACAAAUAACUCAUUUUCUGUAUUGCCCUGACAGGGAUCUGAACACAAAAAGGACACUUAUUUUGCAAUUUUUGGUAGGUUCCCCAUUUUUCUCUUUCAGUCAUCCACUCAAUCAAAGUUCGCUAACAGAAGGGAAGGGUUGGGCACUUACUACCAACAUGCAUCUCUUUGAUUGAGUGGAUGCAUCUCGGCAUGCAUCUCUCCAACCAGAGACCACAGAGAAACAAUCUCUGCUCCAACCUCUCCAAGGUUAAAUGCACCUGGAACUGAUGAAGGGACGCAGAGACAGGAUGCUAAGACAUACGCCUGAUAUCAUUUGAGCUCUUGUCCUCAAACAGAAGAUGCUUCCGAGUAUUGGUACCGUACCAGCGCUGAAUAAUUUCCAUGGAGACCGGACUGGUGAUACAGAGUUGUUUCCGUGGAGACUGAUUUGUAACUACCCUAUCUUUCUUUGGGGGACUUGAACACCAGAGGUAAAUAAGACAAGCGGAAAAAGAGAUCCUCUCCCCCAUCCCAAUUCUAGUCACAGGCCCCUUGACCCCAGAUAGGUAAUCAAUAAAUAGAAAAGCAUUCACUUUGGUAACAAGUGGCAUGCUACAUAACCAUUAUGCUCAUUUAUUAGAUAAUUAAUUUCAAGGAUAGUUUAGAGACUUGGGGCUCGAUUCAACCAAACCCACAGGGCAGUAUUCACGCAAUAGCAUUUAGGCCUAAACAUAGUAGGUAAACAAAUAUAUUGCGUAAACAUUGCUAAAUCAGGUUGUCUUGGAUACGGCCCUUGGUGUCUUUCAGCUAAUGUUACGUGUUUAAGUAUAACAUUCCCAUUGUUUUUGUUUUCCUUGGUCUAACUUAACAUGUGUCAUGAAUGUUUUCUAGUAAUGAAUGUUCACCGAAGAUAAGAGGCUUUCCUUGGUGAGUGUAAGGCUUUAUCUUUGGAUUGUUUGUUGCACAAAUAAAUAGAGGGCACCGGAAAUGUUGUCAAA